UCUGAUAAGUAUGAUAUCGCUUGUGAAUGUACGUAGUCAUACUGAGUUCUUUGUGGAAGAUAUACUUGUCGUGCGUUUCUGUGCAUAUAAAUAAAUACUCUCGCACCGAUUAUUCUGCUUCUGAUCAGUUAGGUGUUAACGAAGAUUAUAACUGUUGAGCAUUGGUUUAUUUCAAAAAUGGAAGUAAUUCCUAUCGAGCCAGUAUCAUAUGGAAAAACCUGUCGGUAUCAAAUUGCAGAGGGUGAACAUAUCGCUCAGGGUUCUUUCGGUUACGUUUACGCUGCGACAAUUACCGAGUAUGGAGACUAUGUGGGUGCGCCGACUGUAACCGUUAAAGUGGCUCAUCUCAAGAAGAAUAUAUUUACGGCUGAACAGUCCAGGCAAAAACUGGUCCGUCGUUAUGAGACAUUAGUCAACAUCCAUCACGACCACAUUGCCGCUUAUCAUCAGAUUUCUAUUGACCUCACCAAACCCGGUCCGGAUUGUACGGUGCAUCUGAUGAUGGACUAUUACGCCAGUGGAGACUUGGCUGGCCUUUUAGCGGAGUUCCAAAAACAUAAUCAGCUGCGACGCAAUCCACCACAUGAACAUUUUGACGCUUCUUCGUUAAUGCAGUUAGACGUGGAAACAGCCGCGGCAUGCAUGUCACAGAUCGCGAACGGACUGGGCUUUCUGCAUCAAAACAACAUCGUUCAUGGCGACCUCAAGCCCGGAAACAUAUUUAUCCGCCUCAUACAGGGUAACGAGGCGGUUAGGGAAGUACUGGUAAUCGGUGAUCUGGAUGAUUUCAUCCAAAUCGAACAUAGCAGCGCAGGCACCGCGCACCUGCACGGUAGCUUCCGUUACAUGUCGCCGGAAAUGUGCGGGAAGUACCUGCGAGAUCCUCCCACGGAAGUGGGCAUGAAGACGGAUAUCUGGAGUCUGGGAUGUAUUAUGCUGGAAAUGGUUAACUGCAUGAUGGAGGAACUGUGGAUGUUUGAUGUUGACAAAGGCAACAAGAAGAGGGGCGAUAAUGUCGAUGCUGAAAGUUUCAUCAGGCUGGUCGAGGCGGGGUUUGUUCUGCUGGAACCGAAGCACACUCCAGCCGGGAUCGCCGAAGCCAUUCGCCGUUGUCUGUGGUAUGACAGCGAAACGAGGGCCACCGCUGAAGAACUACUUCCAUUGUUGCGCUCCCCCCGAUCUAAAGCGGUUAAAUCGGAAGAGCGGAGACGCCGGAGAGGUCCGUGCUAUCAAGUACUAGCAGCUGUGGCGGGCUUGGUAACUUUUAUUGCAAGCUGUUACAAGCUUUGGAAGUAUUUUAACGAAUAGGGGCGAUGAUCUAGAAAACCCAAAACGAUCCUUAUGAUUUUUAUUUAUGUUCAUUUACUCUUUUGUUGAAUUCGUUGAGCAUAAGUCGGGAACUGCAACAACUGCGACCAACAGGAAGUUCAUCGACAAUUCUGCAUCAAACAUGCCGUGAAAAUUCAUCAAGAUUUUUACCGGCCGGUGGUCGAUUGCUCAA